UUUAAAAUUUUGAAGAAAAAUAUAAUUGAAACUUUUCAUUUUAAUAUUUUGUAUGUGUUUUUUUUAUUUUUUACAUAAUUCAUAUUUAGUAUUGAUGGGUUAUUGGAUAUAUUUGUUGCAUGCAGAAUGUAGUGCCCCAUGCAAUAUCAGAAGAAAUGACCGGAUUUGGAGCAUCCGUUUUAGAAGGUGUACUCACAUUUGGAUUAGUCUACACUGUAUAUGCAGCCAAAGACCCAAGACAUGGUCAAAUGGGCUCUAUUGGACCUUUAGUCAUUGGGCUGAUCACAGGAGCGAAUGUGCUAGCCGCUGGUCCGUUUUCGGGUGGAUCAAUGAACCCGGCAUACUCAUUUGGGGCGGCUGCUGUUGGUGGGAGCUUCAAGAACCAAGCAGUCUAUUGGAUCGGACCUUUGCUUGGUGGCGCGGUUGCUGGUCUGUUGUAUGACAAUGUGGUUUACCCGCCUCAUGAUUCGGAUCCUCAACGGUGUGGCCAAGAGGGGCCUCGAGUUUGAAUGGGACUAGCUAGUGUUAGUGUUUAUUUGACUUAAUUAAGAAUUUAUUUGGCCUUUGUAACCUCAUUAUCAAACCUAAGAUAAUCUCUAUUGGUAGUUCUUAUUAGAGAUAUCCUAUUUUAUUGUGUGGUUUGUACUUAUAUAACAUCUUAAGAUUGUUAGCAUGUAAUAAUGUAAUAGGCAUAAGAUUGUGAUGUUUAUGUUUAACUUAUUAUAAACCUACAUAGUUUUAUAUAGGCCUUUCACUUUAUUUUAUUUAUUUCGUGUAAUCUUAAUUUUAACUAAUUAUGUCUCCAUGUUGUAAUUAUAUUGCUAUCGUAAUAUGCAUCAAAUUGAAAAUUAAAAUAAUUAUUUCAAUGAAUUGAUAUAUUUUUUUUAGAAGAAUGAAUUGAUAGAUUUUCACCUAACAAUUUGGCAAAUAAUUGUAAAGUCAAUCAGGGCUAAAUUAAGUUUGACCAAUGUUGAAGCUUAAGAGUUAAGACUCGACAUUGAAAAGAAAUUUAACCCAAUUAUUCUCAACCCAAAAUAAAUGAAAAAGUGAAGGAAACAAGGCCUCAAUGAAGUAAU